CUCCCAUCCCUGAAGACAUCUUGAAGGUGGUCAGCGUAGACCUACAGAUCCCUACCAACAGCAAGAAACACAACACCCACAAGUACGACCUUUGUCGAGCAGUUGCCAACCCCAAGCUGGUUGUCAGACGAGGACAACCCUUCACCAUCCAGGUAGAGUUCACCAAAGAGUAUGACGCCAACACUGACGACCUACGCAUCGCUUUUGAAGCAGGCGACACGCCCCUGGAGAGUAAAGGCACCAGUGUACAGUUUAUCCUAUCAGACGAGGACAGACCCAAGGAGUGGGGGGCCAAGAUCGUCUCUCAGCAGGGCAACCAACUGACCAUUGAAGUUUACACCCCACCCACCUGCUACAUCGGCAAGUGGAACCUGAAGAUUGACGUGGUCAAGAAACUGGACACCAACGUCAACGUUUACAGAUACCAACACGCGGACCCCAUUUACAUCCUCUUUAACCCCUGGUGUAAAGACGACCUAGUCUACAUGAAGGACACCACGCUGCUCAAGGAAUACGUCAUGAACGAUGUCGGCAAGAUCUACAGUGGCACCAAAAAUUCCAUCACAGGAAAACCCUGGAAUUUUGCCCAGUUUGAGACUUGUAUCCUUGAUGUCGCCUUGUAUCUUCUAGAUGUCGCCAAAGUCGGAUGGUCAGUUCGGGGAAACCCCGUACCUAUUGUUAGAAAGCUGUCAGCUAUGGUGAACUCGGCAGACGACGGCGGUGUACUCACAGGUAACUGGUCGGGUGAAUACGCUGAUGGGAGGUCACCUCUGUCGUGGACCGGCUCGGCGGCCAUUUUGGAGGAGUACUGGAGGACCAAGCGGCCGGUCAAGUACGGCCAGUGCUGGGUGUUUUCUGGCAUCGCCACCACAAUCUGUAGGGCUCUGGGUAUCCCCGCUCGCAGCGUGACCAACUACUCGUCUGCACACGAUACUGACGGCUCUAUCACGAUUGACGUCCACUUCACAGCAGACGGCGAGAGUGACGAGAAUUCAAACUUUGAUUCCAUUUGGAACUUCCACGUGUGGAACGAGGUGUGGAUGUCAAGGCCAGACCUCCCCAGCGGCUACGGUGGGUGGCAGGUGAUCGACGCCACCCCCCAGGAGACCUCCGAUGAUAUCUACUGCUGUGGACCAACAUCUGUCAUGGCCAUUAGACAAGGGGAGGUAAAUCUCCCCUAUGACGGCCCUUUUGUGUUCUCUGAAGUUAACGCCGAUUGUUUCUACUGGGUGCCCAAUGAGUUAGGGCAGAUGGAAGUCAGUUAUAUGGACAAAAAGUCAAUCGGAAAAAACAUCAGCACAAAGGCCCCUAACUCUGAUGACAGAGAAGAUCUUACAAUGGAAUACAAACCUGAUGAAGGAACUUCCGCUGAAAGAGCGGCGGUACUGAGGGCCAACCAGGUUGGCUCCAGCAGGAAGGAUUUGUACAAACAGAGGGCCAAGGAUAUUGAGUUCAACAUUGACCAAAACGAAGAGGCUAACUUUGUUGGGGGGAACUUCGAACUGUCGUUCCGUAUGAGGAACCGGGGAACAUCCAAGCGGUCAGUGAGUGGCCGAAUUGACGUGAGGACAAUGUUCUAUACAGGGGUAGUGGCCGACCUGGUCAAGUCGGAAACCUUCAAGAAAAAGGUCAUCAAACCAGGGGAAGAAAUAUCACACAAGAUUGUAGCAACCCAAGCCGACUACGACACCAAACUCAAAGAUGGCUGCAUGCUUGACGUCACGGUGUGGGCGGUGGUCGAGGAGACUGACCAGUACUUCACCAAGAAAGAUGACUUUAGACUUCGUAAGCCGCAUCUCGCCAUUACGGCCCCCACAGAGUCUAAGAUUGGCCAGGAGUUUAGCGUGGAGGUCUCCUUCGUCAACCCGCUCAACCGUGAGCUCACCGGAUGUUUCGUGGCCGUGGAUGGCUUGACGCAUGCGCUGAACUUCCCUCAGGGCAACGUUCCUGCAAACGGCACUUUCCUGGCCACACUUCCGGUGACGCCCACCAAAUCUGGCAAGACAGAGCUCAUCAUCGUCUUCAACUCCAACGAGCUGGAGGACAUCAAUGUGGCACAUCACGUGACUGUCAAGAAAGCCUAAAGCAAUGACGUCACCAGGCUACAAAAAACAACAGUUUGUUUGUCUGGCAAGUUCACUGGACAUGCGCACCGAGGCCCGCCACGCAUGUUCUAAGCUGCCAUUGGAUAAUUUCUGUGGUUCAUUGCUCUCAAUGUCAAAACCAAUUUGGAGUCGAAUUCUUGUCUUUUGAUGUCAAUGUGAACUUGAUUUGCAUAAUUUACGCUUAUAAUUAACUCAUUACAAUGUAUUAAUGCUUGUACUCUCAUAAUAAUAUAUGCUUAUGUGUUGUUAUACCGACAUUAUGUUUUUAGUGUCUACAAUUGGUUAUAAUGAAAAUAAAACAGUAUUCGGUAAUUUAUUUUAGAUAUGCAAUUAUUGUUACUUUUUAUUCUUGGAGUUCUUCCGACCAAUGAAAAUGACUUAACAUAAAAAUAUUUUUUAGACUUACAAAAACCAUUUUUCAUUUGACUUGAUGUUUCUAAAACCACAACGAAUUCUCAUUUUUACUUUAAACGAAUCUUUUUAAUAUUUGCUAUAAAUAAUGUUCCCUUCAGAAUGAUUUUAAAAAAAAUUAUGAUUCUUAUUAUUUUAUAGCCAUUUUGUAUUGUCAAGUAACUUUAUAAGGUAUUUGUGAAAACAAAGUAUAUAACAUUUUAUAUGGUACUGUACGAUGCUUUACAAGAAAUAUCUCGUUAUACAUUUUGAAGAUUAGAAAGGAAAAUUAAAUUAAAAAAAAAACAAUUGUAAAAUAAAUUAUAAAAUAAUGAAGAAUAAAAA